AUGGGUUGUUCAAUCCGCCUCUUUGGUCUUGGUCUUGCCCUUUCCGUCACUCUGCUCAUCCCUUCCUCGGCCGGAGCCGGUCACAGGUACAACCCUUUUACCGACACGCCGCAGAUAAAAAACCAUGGUGGUGAGAUGCUGACCGGAAAGAUUAAACUAGCCAUCAUGUGGUACGGAGAUUGCGGUAAAGAAAUAAAGAACACAAUGAGGAACUUCAUCAAAUCAUUGAAUUUUGUAGGUGGCUCACCCAAACUUAAACCAAAAGUCGCGAGCUGGUGGGAAAUGGUCGAAAGUUACCAAUCCUUGAUGCCGAAUGCAAAGCCCGGUAAACCCCCAAAAAUCAGCGUCAAAGUGGCGAGACAAUCGUCCGAUAAGAACUCUAAAUUCGGCAAGGUCUUGACUUUGCAACAACAUGUACCGAAGCUCAUUCAACGUGUGACUAAAGGCGAUCUGAGUCUCCUUCCGGUCAUCGUCGGGGCACGAGAUAUCACCAUUCAAGGCGUUUGCUACGGACGAUGUUCGUUUUGUUUCCACACGGAGCCACCCAAUCCACAGACAUACAUCGUGGUCGGGAACCCUGAAUUCGAGUGCCCCGAAGAAUGCAUAUGGCCUUUCCAUGCUACUACAUAUGCCCCCAAGGGACCGGUGCUUAAACCGCCGAAUGGUAAUCUGGCAGCCGAUGCGAUGGUCGUUUCCUUCGCAUCCGCAUUGGUCGAUUCUGUCACUAACCCUAUGCGCAAUGCCACGUACCAUUCAUUUUAUUCCAAAAAACUCGGGCCUUGCGUCGUUUGCAGUGGCAUUUUCGGCCGUGGCUCCACCCCGGGAAACCCCGGCCUGGUUCAAACCGAUCCCAAAACUGGUGGGAAUUAUAACUUCUGUGGGUACAAUAAUAAAAAGUUCUUACUUCCUGCAAUCUGGAACCCCAUAACUAAUUCUUGCUGGACUGGCUAA